AUGAAUAUGAGAAUGAUUGGCGAAGUGCCUAAUAAUGACCUAUCACAUCAUCUUGCUUUAUCAAAUGAGCAAAUGGGAGUGGCAGAGCCGAUGUCCAGUAAUCUUGGGUUCCAAAAUGUAUUCGUACCAAACAACCGGGUAGGACAGAAUGAACUAGAUGUUGGCUUUAAUGGAUCAAAUGCAUUCUGGAUGCCAAACGAGCCAUGUCAUGAUGGUGGGGUCAUGCAAAACAUCCAAGCUGGAGAAAAAUCAAUUUUGCCUAGUAAGCGCAAGGCUGAAGGUGGACCUGGGCAAUAUAAUUUUGUCCCCCAACAGUCACUGAUGCCAAAUAAGCGUGCAACACACAUGGGAGCCAACAUUAAUUCACCUGGAUCGACACGACUAGCACCAAAAAAGAGAACUGUACCGACACAGUCCAAGUUGUGUUCUCCAGGGUUGCAAAAUCAGCCUUUGCCGAACAAGAAAAUGGUGCGAAAUGAAUCUAUGUCUAGUAAAUCUGGUUGGCCACGGGGGCAGAAUACAAAGAGACAAACUUCACUAAUUGAAUCUGGAUCAAAGGCUCAGACCGAGUCAUCUGAAGCUGUAAGGUUGAAAAUGAAGGAGUCACUUGCUGAUGCUCUGUCCUUGGCAUUUCAAAAGCUAGAUAACGAUGAAAAUUCAGAGAAAAAACAGACUGAUACAGCCAACAUUAGUCAGACACCUGAGGAAUGUCAGUCUUCUGAGUCCAAUUUGACUACAGCUGCUCCUAUUCCUGGUUCCGAUGAUAUUUCCCCUUCAAAAGAAUUGGACACAGUUGGUAAACCCAGCAAUACUCAGGUUUUAUCUGCUGAGUUUUCUACUCAUGAAAGCAGUGGAAAUGAUGUACAAGCUUUUGGAGAGUUUCAUUAUGGUACCAUUUUGCCCGAUGAGGAUGUUUCAUUUAGUGAAAAUUUCAUUGUUAAAGAUGAUCUAUUACAGGGGAAUGGGCUUUCCUGGGCUUUAGAUUUUGACAUGGAAGUAAGAGAGGGAAAAGAGGCUCAAAAUUUUGAGAAGGCCAAGUUUUUAAAGGAGGAUGAUCAGGGUCCUGGGGAUAGGGGUGAGCUAGGUAGUCUAACUCCGAUCAAUUUAGCUUUUAAAAUUGAAGCAGAACUGUUCAAAGUUUUUGGUGGUGUUAACAAAAAGUACAAAGAGAAGGGUAGGUCUCUUUUAUUCAACCUGAAAGAUCGUAAUAAUCCGGAACUGAGAGAAAGAGUUGUGUCUGGUGAAAUAUCACCUGAAAGGUUGUGUUCAAUGUCUGCUGAAGAACUUGCUUCCAAGGAGUUAUCAGAAUGGCGAAUGGCAAAAGCAGAAGAGCUGGCACAAAUGGUCGUUUUGCCUGACACAGAUAUAAGACGAUUGGUUAAGAAAACACACAAGGGUGAGUAUCAAGUAGAAGUGGAACGUGACUAUAGUAUGGCUGCUGAGAUCUCUAGCGGGACUAACGUGUUGACACAACUUAAGCCAAAGGAGGAGACUGAAACUCAUUCUCCUUCCAAAGCAGAUAAUAUCAAAGAUAGAGAGAAUGUUGCAGAUCAGGAAAAAAUUGCAGAAACCCAGGAUUCUCCAGGUAGACUGGUUAUCCCAACUGAUGGGACCGAUUUAAUGCAAGGAAUGAUGGUGGAUGAUGAAAUGAAGGAUGCUGAUUUUCUGCCUCCAAUUGUUUCUUUGGAUGAGUUUAUGGAGUAUCUUAAUUCUGAACCUCCUUUUGAUAAUAUACCAGCAGAGGCAGAUAAAACAACCCCCAUCUCUCACGAGGAAAUCCCAGAAGAAAUAAAGAAUUCUAAGGCUUCGAAUUCAGCUGCAGAAAAUUCUAUAAAUACCCCCUCCAAGAAGGUGGAUGGAUCUGUCAGUGAACGUAAAGUAGAUGUUGCAGUUCAAUCUAACAGUGGUUCUAAAUUGCAAAAAGGUCUUCCUUCUGGAGAUGCAACUGAGGCUGAAUGUUUGUGGGAGGGCGUCCUUCAACUAAAUAUUUCAUCCUUGGUCACUGCCAGUGGUCAAUUUAAAAGUGGUGAGAAGACAUCGAUGAAAGAGUGGCCCAGCUCUCUCGAGAUCAAAGGCAGAGUUAGACUUGAUGCAUUUGAAAAAUUCUUUCGAGAACUCCCUAUGUCUCGAACUCGUUCAGUCAUGAUUCUCCACUUCGUCUUGAAGAAUGAACAAUCUGAGAAUGAGAGGGCUGCCAUUUCUGAGGCUGUGGAUUCAUACGUUGCUGAGGAUAGAUUGGGAUAUGCGGAGCCAGCCCCUGGAGUUGAGCUUUAUUUAUGCCCCCCGUCCUCGAAAAUGCUUGAUAUGCUGACCCAACAUUCUAAGAUGCCUAGUACUAUUGAUGAUGGAUUAAUUGGUGUAGUUGUAUGGAGGAGACGUCAUAUAAGCAACACAAUAUCACCUAAUUCCUCGUCACACCACAAACAUAGCUCGAAGAAGCAGCCAUUUGCCCAUCACAAGGGCGGGCAGAACUCGAAUAAUAACAAGAAUACUUCAGUUAUGGCACCCGUGUCCUAUAAUACACCUACUCGUUCCAAUCCCAAUCCCCAGGAGGAAGAGGAGGAUGAUAUUCCACCAGGGUUUGGCCCUGUGGCUGCUGCCCGAGCAACAAAAGAUGACGACGAUUUGCCCGAGUUUAACUUCUCUGGUGAUAUAAAGCCUUCUGUACCUGAGGUUCCAUUUCAAAAUUUGCAUCGUGGUGUAAAAACGACUACUAGCUUUAAUCAAAACCCUCAACUACCUGUUGAUCAAGCGAGAGAGCUUAUUCAAAAAUAUGGACAAACUGAAACUAGUUCUACAAAUAGGAAUUGGGUAGAUAAUAUAGGUCUUGGUAUUGAACCAUGGAAGGAUGACGAGGAUGAUAUUCCCGAGUGGCGGCCUAAUGCCCCACCAUCAGUACACCGCAUUCAGCCACAGCUUCAUGGCUAUCGGUCCCCAAUGCAACGCCCUUUGGCCAACAACCAAGUAAAUCCUCCUGUGGCUCAGCAAUUGCCUAGACAGGCGGCAAAUCCUUCAGGUUUGGCAUCUUGGCCACCAGGGGUUAGAUUGGCGCAGCCUCCUGGUCGGCACUCGGGGGCUAGGUGGAGGCACUAG